AUGGUCUCCCUCCGCAACCUCCUGACCGCCGUCAUCGCCCUCACAGGCACCAUCACCGCAGCUGCAGCAUCCAUCAACUCCACGCUCAACAUCACCGUCAUCGGCGCCCACAACAACCAGUCCACUCUGGAAUGCUGGGCCCUGACCCCUGGCUUCGCGCACUCCACGCAACCCGGCACCGAACAGAACAUGUUGCAGGCGAUGGGUCCUGCGGCAGGGAACGUCUCGUAUAUGGUUAUUCAGCCGAGGACUGAUAAUGGGCAGCAUAACGCGCCGAGUGCUCAAUGGGUAAUCUUCCUCUCCGGCCUCGCACACAUCGCGCUCCCCCAUUCCCACGAGGAAGCGUAUAUCCGGGGCGGAAAGUACGGCGCGAUCCUGGCGCUCGAUACGCCGGAUCGGAGCGAUGGGCAUUUGACGGAUUAUCCGUCGGACGAGGAGACGGUGGUUGUGGAGGUGCCGUUGGCUAAGAUCCCGGGACAUCGGGUCUUGCAUGGGGGUGGGUGUAGGAGGGAGGAGAUGGGGUGGUGA